CUUCAGUGAAAAUCUCACCCAGCACCUCCAGACCUUCACAGGCAGUAACAACAGUCACCAAAUUCACAGCCUAGGUCACCUCUGAGCACCGAGCUUUGGAGAUCACAGCUCGGGGACGCUACUGGAAGUAAGAGGUUACUCUGUGCAACAGGAAGGCAGAGCUCCAGGGUGAUUUACUGUACCGAACUGUAGCUGCUCUGAGUAUAAAAUGAAACAGAAUUUGCACAGCUCUCCGCAGAAAGCCAGUGGCGGCGUGGGGGAUGACUGAUCUUGGUAACUGCUCACCUUCUGACAUCAGAAACCUCCGGUGCAGCAUACAAGACUGCCAUCGCGAAAUCCCUGAUCAAGAACAUGAAGCUCCUUCCCCUCUUCACAGCUGCGUCCUGCUUCACGCCCCCAGGUCCCUCUUUCUUUGUACUACAAGUGAUGAAGUUUUUUUUCCAGAUCACAUGAGGCAGGAUGAAGGGGGAAAAUCCUGCCAGGAACAGAGAUGGGCUGCAACUUGAACCUGAUCGAGGGGAGAUACAGAGCAGUACCCUGAGAGCUAUAUAAGAAUGUGCUCGGCACAAGAGCAAACACUUUUUCAGGUGAAGGACUCUCAUGAAUCAGCCAUGCAUGUGAAUGAAGACACCGUUUCAAGGAGGCUUGGAGCCACCAACAAAACAUGUUUGUAUUGCAUCAUCGCUACCCUUGCUGUGUUACUCGUCUUUGCAUUAGCCACCAUCAUGGUCUUAGUCGUUCAGAGGACGACAGCUGAUCCUGCCACAGAGGGCAUCUCAAAACCUAUCAGGACAGGGAACACCUCCGAAGAUUAUUUAAGAAUCCUACAGAAUGUCCCGACCAAGAGAGCGGCUGCGUACAUGAGAGUGUCCAGUCCAGUCAACAGGUCAAAACUGAGCUUCGUCGAGAAGGGUGUUUGUGAGGACAUCCAGUGCAAGAAAGAAGAGCUGGUGAUCAGGAAACAAGGCCUCUACUUGAUCUAUUGGAACUUGAACUUUCAUUUCUCCAGCUGUUCUAACAGCCCCACCGACCUGAAGAUAGAGCUCCUGGUGAACAACAAGGUCCACAGGCAAACGUUAACCACAUGGUGCGCGUCAGAAACGUGCCAAGAAAAGACUUUCAAGACCUUGUUCCAGCUCCAUUUGACAUACUUGAAGGCGGAGGACCGAAUAUCAGUAACACUUAACCAUCCUAGAUUCUUGAAUGAAAUUUCCCUUCCCAAUGAAAACGUUCUCGGGGUCUUGAGGUACAGAGACAAAAUGUGAGCAGCUCUCUGGCUUCCCACUGCUGCCCAAACUCACCUUUCCCUGAACAACAGCUUUUCCUCAGCAACACCUUGUUUUGAAUCUCCUAUUUUACCUGGUCACUAAGGUAAACAAGGAACUUUGUGAGCAUCCCAGAACAAAACCUAAACCACUCCAAGACCCACACCCGACAGAUUCCUCUGGUUUGGCUCAGGGCAGCACUGUUGUUGGACUAUCCAGCGUGUAACCCCAGACCUGCCGAUGGUUCCUCAAAACAGCACUGUGUAAACACAGAUUAAAAUGUAAGCAGAUUAGAGGAAGAAUACUUUUUAGCCCGUGGACCGCUGGCAAGGUGCCUGUGCUCAGGAGAUGGGGAAAUCUUUCAAACUGAAUUCUAUGGAGUAGUAUUUUUAAGUGUUUUUUGCAAAAAAGCUACAGUCAAAGCUUGUAACCAAGGCUUUCUUUACAACCAGAGUGUGCAACUGCAGCUCUGGGGUAGGUUUAUGGAUAGACUGGACAAAAGCAAAGAUGAUGAAAUUAUUGACUCUCAGGCUGGUAGCUAAAACUCUGGGGCAGGACGUAGGAGAUAUGGAACUUACGGGAUAUUUCUGUGCUGCAUUCUGCUAUAGACUUUAUGCAAUUUACUUCCAAGUGUCUUCCUUUUCACUACUUACCCAUCUUUUCUAUUUAAACAUUAAGCUCUUUGGAGCAGAGAUUUUGUCUAUGCACAGUGCACAGCCUCUGUUCUCACCUGAGGUUUCUAGACCUUUUUGUAACAAAUACUAAAAUAGUAACCUAGUUGCAAAUCCAUCCACAUAACAAAGUUAAUUAUCACACAUUUUCCUUGAAUCCUGCCCUGCCUGUUUGACAGUUCCCUGCACGGCAGCAGACCACACUGUGUGUAAAUACACUUCUAACACCUGCACUCCCUGAAAAUCCAAGAUUUAGAUCUGAGGUCCAGAGUUUCCCUAAGCUAACCUCAGACCUGGCCCUUGGCUGAGAGCUGCGAUACUUGGGCAGUCCGGAGGAUGAUGUGAUCUGAGCUGCUUCAGUUUACUCAAAGGCUUAGAUAAUGAAGGAUAAAAGAGUAACCUCAGGCCCUCUUAUUCUAUGAACUGCAGUAACACAGGCAUUUAUUGGAAAUUUAAUUCUUACAGUAUGGGAAGGGAAGGGACCAAAACUUUCCAAAGGCUGGUACCAGUUUACUCUUUCCUCCUUUCCCUUCAUCCCUGAGAUCCUACUAAGGUGUAUUUUCACUUCUUUUCAAGUUUUUCCUCUUGUGUACCUGUACCUUCUGUCCUUUACAUGACUAGAGCUGGGUGAACUGUCCACAUCAAAACAUUUAGUCACGGAUCUUAUUUCUGGCUUCAGAAACUCAGUGUUUUAUUAUUCAGGCUUAGCUGAUGUUUUCAGCUGAUAUAGCUUAGUUUGUGUAAGCGCAUUCAAAAUACUCCUAAUAGUAGUAGUCUGUUACUUGUGUUACAUCACCAGAAACCAAUGGUACAUACUGGUGAGGUUUCGUCCAUUGAUCAGGUGACUUCAAAAUGCACAAGAACCUUUCAAAGAGUCAUGAGGAAUUGGUUCAAUUCAUUGCUAGAGAUACCGGCUUUCCGCUUGGAUAAACAUGGCUGAAAACAAAAAUUCCUUUUGCUAUUAAUGGUUGAGGGGAAAAAAAAAAAAAGAAAGAAAGAAGAAGAAAACUAAAUCCGUGCUUUCUUUCUUUCUUUUCUCCUUAAAGGUUUUUUUCUUUUUUAAUAGGAGUCAGCUUACCCUGCCUAUGACAUUGUAACCUUCACUGGGAUCUCCUCACCUCUCUGGAUCCUAUAAAUAUCUCAUGUCUCUGAAUAGGGUUUUUAAUCUCUAUCUGCCUCCACCUCGAUACACGACUCAUGCCCAGAGAAGUUUAAGCAAGCCAGGCAGUCAGGCAUCAUAGCUUCUGAAUAUAGAAGAGGCAGCUGAUGAAUGAAAAUAUACAUUUACUCACACAUACCACCACUCGCACACACUCCUCGCCGCCUUUUCUGAAGGCUUUGAAUUGAAAGAGAAAGACCAUUCUUUAAAAAAAUAAAGAAGCUCUCUGCAUAGGAUGAUUUUAUUCUAUUAUUUUGCCAGAUGGAGAAAAUCCUGACAAAGCAGUGCUAAGCUUCUCAGCCCCAGGCUUUUUAAUACCACAGGAUAAAGCAAUCUGGCCUCUACUCUGUUGCCUCUGAGAAACAGGAAUAAAUUAUAGGCAUAAAGAGAGCCCAUUAAUAGUGUGCAAUUUUGCCAUCAGUUAUAAAAAUGUUAAAUAGCUUUCACUGAAACAAGGCCUUGAGCCAAGCAGCAUCCUCCAUGCUUUCCAGUGGGCUCCAAGUCCCUUCACUCUUUCAGCCUUUUUUCUUUCACUUAUUAGUUUUUUGAAGCAGGUCAUUAUUGACAACAACCCUGUGCCAAAAAAAAAAAAAAAAAAAAAGUCCAGGCUGAUCCUUCACACAAUGCCGCAUCUUUUCAGCAACACCACCAGCAAUUCCCCUUGGGGAACAGCCUGUUCCCACGCCUCAGCCUCCCCGAUGGGCUGGCAGCAUACGAGCUUUUCUGCAGGAGGGUCCUCACCCUCCCGAGGAGCAUCGCAGACCUACGGACCCUGACCUGGUUCCCCACCGCAGGGCUCAGUCCAGGAGAAGGGAGCACUGCAGAAAGCACUGAAAUCACAGAAAAAUGUUGAAAAUUCCUCCCCUCGUCCUCCACUGUGGCCAACCUGCAGCGUCCUGCGCGUACGCUCUGGGCUGACUUCACCAGAAACAAGCAGCAUCAGCAAUCUCACAAGCCAGGUUGCUCUGCUGAGGGUUCUUGACCCUUCUCAGACACUGAAAAACUUGCCCCCUUAAACUGCUUUCUGCAGCGCCUAUGGGAGUUAAUACAUGCCAUUAUUCAUACUCUUGGUUGAUAGGCGAAAAUGCCUAUUAUUGGCUUAAUUCUGGUUGUUCAUUGCUACAGAAAAUGUGAAUAGAGAGUUAAAUAGAACUCAGGACAAUGCAAUUUACUUCCAUCCAAGCUCAUCUGGGACAGCAAACCAAAACCAGAUAAAGUUCACUGUCAGAGAUAACAGAGUUGGAUCUGAACUUCACCAAAGCUGUGAAGACUUUGAAACCAGGAUUCUAAUCAGACUUCACAAGGCCUGAUGACAGUUCCCACCAAACUGGCCUCAGCCGAACUCCUCAAAGCUCAGAUAUGACAGUUAGGUCACAGCUCAUCUGACACAGACGGAGGCUAUGCAAGUGCUGACUGAGGGAGUUUUGCAUUCACUUCACUUAUGGUUUUGCUUCAUUUUAUUUUUUUCAGCACUUCCCACAGGGAGGCAAUAACACAGUCACUUAGAGAGAAAUCCUUUACCGUGCCGUGGGCCAACCAGGGGCUGGGUGCUACCUAAAAACAUCCAGCAAUCCUAUUUUAAAGAUCCCACUUACAUCAACAGUGCACUUCUGCAAGGUAACUACCUGACUGCACACCUCUUGCACACCUGGAUUCCUUUGGAGAGCAAACAGCAUUCUGCAAAAUCCUUGGCCACUUGCUUGUGCUCUUAAAUGAAUAUUAUUGUUCUUUGUAAUGUUCUUAGAUGCAAAAACUACAAACAGCUCUAUUUUUUUGGAACACCCUAUCCUGAAGUUGAAGAAAGAAAGGCACUACUCAACACAAAUAACGAGCCGAAAAGCAAAAUAAAUAAAAAGCCAUUGCUUUUGGGGACCUCUAACUGGGCCUUGCUCACAGGUCUUUAAAAACUGGAAGUGAUACAGCUUGUGUUCGGUGAGAGACAGCAAGAGAAAACCUCAAAGGCAGCUUCUGUAAGAGGAAUAACUGUAAAAAUGCAAAUUAUGAUGAGCAACACUUGUGAUAGCAAGCAUUGCACUGAGUGACCUCAAAACCUUUUCAGCCUCAGCUUUUUAUGGUUAUAAUAGGCUCAGCUUCAAGAAAGUAUGAUGGGCUGUGACGAUACAGUCUUGGAAAAAUGUUUUGGAAAAGUGCAUUCUGCAGCCAUGACCCCCUGCUCCCCUCUUCCCCUCAGGGAUGCUCGGCUGAAGUGGUUCAAAUUCCUGAUUUCUCCUUUCAGUACUGAUCCCAGGAGCUUGAAGAUUUGGGGUGGAGGAGGGUAGAGACCAAACAAGGACAGCACGGCAUAUUCUGAAAUUCACGUACUGAGCCCCCAGAGCCGCCAUUCGCAUCGGGGCUGGAGCCUUCAGCCCCUCCACACUCAGCAUCCCUCUGGGCUGCACAGGGGUCACUGCAGGCAGCAGCCACCCUCCUCUGGUAAGACGAGAAUGUGGUACAGGAUGGGUGAAGUCAUCAGUGUUUCCUAGGGCGCCGUAUGCUGCAGUACUUGUACACCAUUUCCCUUCAGACAUGUCCACAGCAUCUAAAUUUAGGCUCCCUAUUUCCCUCUAUAGCGAGCGUGAAGCAAGAACUGCCAGGAGAUGAGUCAGAGCACCCAAAAUAGCUGCCUAGAUAAGACACCAGCAACAGCUGGGUGAGUCUUCACUCAGUCCACUCACCGCGUCCUCAGUCUCCAUCAGUGCAAGACACAGAAAAGAUUAUUUCAGCUGUGGAUUGAUAAUUUAUGGACACUUUCUACAGCUUCCCAGAGUGCUGCCUGUGCUUGGAGGCUGUGUGUGGCUCACGGAAAGCCCACGGCUCUCUAGAAGAAUAAGUCUGUAAGGUGAAACGUAAAUGCCAGCUGAGCAAGCUGUUAGAUUUAUGGAUGCAAAAGAAUAAGAUUUGCCUGCUUAGGUCAUCUUCAUUCCCACAAGCACCUAUUGCUUAGACUUGUCCAGAACUAACAGAGGGAGAGCAACAUUGUGGAAUUAGGCACCAAUUCAGUACUUAGAUUUUGAAGUGACUGGGUUUUGCCAUCUACAACCGGUUAGUAAAUAUUUGACAGAUUUUUUUAUUCCUUCAGUUUACGUAUUUUUAAUUUCCUUUUUUUUUUUUUCUAUUAAUCUGCUUCUUCCUAUCUUUUCUUCUAUUUUCCUCUCUGCAUAAAAUAGAUGGGAAAAAGCAAAUAAAGGGUGGGGGGAAGGUGGGGGGGAAGGAAAGAAACCAAAGAAGCAUGAAGAACUGGGGGGAAAAAACCCACCUGCUUGAAUAGUUACAUGAGUGCUCCAAAGACGUGAGUGAAUAUUGGCAGAUGCAAUGAUCUGAAAAUAGGUAUUUUUACAGUUUAUGCUUUAGAGGAAGAUUAAGUUUAAUGCUUAAAAAGGAGAACUUUAAGCUUUCUUUUAAUACUUUAUAUGAAUGUAAUUCCAGGGGCUUCAACCAAGUUCCUCAAGCUUGACAGUGGUAGAAGAGCAGAACUUUUGCCUCUGGCAAGCAGAAUUGUGUGCAGUAUAGCAGAGCCUUUAUAUUUAAAGGGUAUUUUUUUGAUGUAUAAACCUGACUGUGUUGUGAGACAGUUCACUGGGGGCUUUAGCAAUAGACACAUAUUAAAUGUCCAAGUAAUUAUAUCAUGUAAAAUGAAAUUGUUCUAUGUUAAUUAUUGCAGUUUAAAUAUUGGGGGCAUGGGUGUUUUCCUGAAUAAACACAUCUGAUUCAUA